AUGGAUCUCCAGGGAACUCCUCUUCCUCACGGCCCCCGCAGCACCAAGGUCACCAACGACCCUCUUGCCUCUCAGCAGCCCAUUGAGGAGCCAUCAGGCCCUGUCCCCAACGAUUCUCUCGCUGCUCAGUCCGUCCGACAGGGCGGUGCUUUCUCUGAGAACCGUGGCGCCCAGCCUUCCUCUCACGUUAACAUGAAGAACACCCCUUCAGGCACCACUGAGCUCCCUCCUGCUCCUGUUGGUGGUCUUCGUGAGGACCGCCAGCGUCAAGAGAAAUACCCUGAGGCCCUCGGCGGCCAGGGUGACUUCCCUGGCACUCACGUUAGCGGCUACGCCGGUGGCCCGACCGCUGCUAAGCAGCAGAUGGGCAUGACCGACAACUCUCGCGCCAGUAGCAGCAGCCAGUACAAUGCUGGCCAGGCGCCCUCCUACGUUGCCGACGUGACCGAUGGUUACCAGCACAGCAAGCCCGACGGCCGCAACAUCACAGAGGGUGACUUCCACUCUGCCGGAAAGAAUGCCAGCUUCAACUCCGACAUUGGCACCAGUGAUGACCCUGGCCGUGCUGGACUAAACAAGUUCCAGCAGAACAACGCUAAGAGCGCCUACAACGCUGGCCGUCCCACCCAGUCUGACGUUGGCAGCCAGCACCCCUUCGAGGCUCUGGAUGAGCAGCGCGCUUAA